UCGUAAAUCCUAUAGAUUGUAGAAUAAUGUUCAUUUUGAUUCGAUAGUGAAUUUGGAAUUAUUCAAUUGGUAAUGUAUAAAAAAAUAUGCAAUAAUUGUUUAUCGAUUAAAUAAUUCUUCAGAUUGUUAGUUAUAUAUGAUAAAAGUUGUAAGCUAUAAAUGAUAACAUUAUCAGGAAAAAAAUGCUUCUCAGACAAGUUAUAUCCGCUAGUAAUGCAAUCGAAGAGAUCUACAUAGUGAAACGUGAGGAUGAGAGUGACGAAGACAAUCCUCCAGUGUGUCAGCUUCUUCCGGAAACCGGAGCUGUACCAGUGGCAAUGGUUUCUUCCAUGAUCAAAGCGAACACUCAAACAGCAACAGAGGAAAUCAAAAGCGAACCGGACGAUGAUCAAUGUAGUAUCGCAGAUUUGUCUGUACAGAUGAGCGCAACAAUUGCAACAAACUCAGAUGAAAAUUGUGGCGUUAAAGCUAUCGAAAUUGACACUCAAAUCUUGAAUACGAUAAAAAGUGAGGAUGAAGAUGAUAUUCCAUUAGCAGCUCGAAUGAGGAAACGGAAAUCGAACAAAAUCCGCCAGAAAAACGAUUCUUGUAGAAGAAAUGCAGAUACGGAUAUGAGUGAUUCCAAUGGCGAAUACAAGAUUGAUGACAAUGGCAAGCCAAACUGUAAUGAAUUAAAAUGCAAUAUUUGUCUUCUAAAUUUUACAACAAGGACCCUUUUGAAACAUCACUUACAAAAAAAUCAUUUUGGGAUGCUUCCAUUUAGUUGUGCUCAAUGUGUGCCUAGUGAGGCCAGAAGUCUUUGUUCGUUGAACCGUCACUUUGGAAUGCAUGAUUCAACUAAACCCCACAAGUGUUAUUACUGUGAAGCGCGUUUUUCAUUACGAAUUUAUAGGACAGCUCAUCAGAGGCGCUUUCAUAAAGAGGAUUUGGAAAACGAUACCAUUAGAAAUGCGAACCGUCGAUUCAUUUGUCGAUAUUGCAAUAAACGGUUCGCUGCAAAAUAUAAUCUUGAACGCCAUGAACGAAAUCAUGAAAUGAAAAUAACUAACGAUGAGUCCUUCUUGAAUAGAAGAAAUAAGUGUUUCUUAUGUGAUUCAAAACCGUGUGAUACAAAAGAAGCGCUUCAUACUCAUUUAAGUAUUCAUGUCGACAAACUUCCCUAUUCUUGCGAACUCUGUGAAGAUACUUCUAUUAUCACGUCCAUCCGACUGCUCAAUAAGCAUUUAGCUUCGCACGAGGAGUCUGAAAAACCUAUCAAAUGCGUAUAUUGCAAUGAGAGAUUUAUAUCCGUGGGUGCUUGCCAAGCUCAUGAACGAACUCACGCUCAGGAGAAACAGGCAGACGAAGUUGCUGUUGCCAAAAUUGAAAGUGAGCGUAUUUCAACGAAAAUAAUAAUAGUAGAUGGUAUGAAACGCUAUGAGUGUGGUUAUUGUGGAAAUUCGUAUUCUUUGUUGAGCACUUUGCGAAGGCACGAGAAUAUUCACACUGGAAAGAUUCAAUACAUUUGCAAGGUUUGUGGUAAAAUCUUCAAUAAAUCAUCCUGCUUACUGCAGCAUGAAAGAACUCAUCUGCAGGAUGCACCUUACAAGUGUGAAAUUUGCGGUCGUGGAUUCAAGGAAACAAUAAGACUCAUUGAGCAUCGGCGAAUUCACAGUGGAGAGCGCCCGUUCGCAUGCCAAUUUUGUUUCCAAAGCUUCCGAAUCAAACCACUGCUAAAAGAGCAUACCAUGCAAUGCAAUUCGCCAAAAUUGAAUAUGGAAUGUAAAUGUCGUUUUUGCAAUGCCAUUUUUGACGGGUAUCAUGACUUUCAAGACCAUGUUCUAAAAGACCAUCCAGCCAUUAUCGAAGAGACGCAAUGCGAUUUUUGUGAUUUGCGAUUCAAGAGUGCUAUGCAUUUGGUGGAGCAUGAAUAUAACCAUCGAAAUCCUAAUUCAAUAAAGUGUGGCAUUUGCGGAAGAAUAUUUAAACAGCUUUCGAAUCUUCGACGUCAUCAACGUUUACACAGUAAUGACGCUAUUCCUUUUCAAUGCGAUUUAUGCGGAAAAAGUUUUUCACAGAGUGGAGCCCUCAAAGUACACAAACGCAUCCAUUCAGGGGAAAAGCCUUAUAAGUGUGAUUUGUGUGAUAAAACUUUCUACCACAGUUCCACUAUGAACAGACACAAACGUUCCCACUAUAGAACCAAGAGCAGGUUAUUUUUAUUUGGCGACCAACUCCGAUUAUCAAUUAAUCAACUUGAAAAAAAGCCUACUGAUACGAAAGCUGUACCUGUUGCUCUUAUGCAUCAUUCUCAAAUGAUUGCCGACCAAGUGUUUGGAAUGGCAGAAUCGAAUGAUUUGAUUGAUUUUUCACCGACAACGAUUUCUAUGACUAAUGAGAAGAAACGUUUUUCUCAAUCACAAGUGCCUGGUAAUUCGUCACAUCAUAAAAUGGUGAUUGGAAGUUUCGAAAUAAACACUAAAAAUACGGAGAAUCGCAGCACAACGGAACCGGAAAGCGUACACAACUAUGCGUUAAGUUCGGAGCUGUUAAUUCCGCAAACCAUACUACAACAUCAGGAGCAAGCGUGCAUCACAAAUGAUUCUAACUCUACAGGCCUCAAUAUAAUUCGAUAGAAGGAAAAAAUAUGUCUUUUGAUUAUGAUGCAGAGUUAUAUAAAAAAUUCAUUGUAUAAUUUCCUAAUAAGUUCCGAAUAAAUUCUAUUUCGUAAUUAGAACA